UUCAUGACAUCUCCAUCUCUCUCAAAAUGCUACAUCUACUAUGGUAAUGCAUGCUACUUAGUACUUCAAAAAAGAAAAUCUCUGGAGGGCUAGAACAGCGCCGACCACCAACACAAACGGUACCUUGCCGUGACCUCCAGAAUAAAGUCAUGACUACUAGGUACUUUCUUCACUCCCCACAAUGUUACCUUCCCAUGUGCACUCCCCAGAUUUCUAACCCGCCCAGCAACAACACAGCGGCGGCGGCGGCGGCAGCAGCAACAACAACAGCUUCGUCGAUGUCGUCGUCAUUAUCAUCGUCAUCAUACCCUCAAUUUAAGAUUCAUGAUCGAUCAGGUCGUCGGAAAAGCUUGUUCCUGGCCACCAGCGACAGGAGCUGUCAAGCCCCUCCCUUUCACCAAUGAUCUAGGCAUCAUUGCCAUAUCCGGGGACUCCCCUCAAACUUCAUACCUUCACGCCUGACCAAGAUUUGCUGGUAAGGAGCGACUGGACUGAGGAUUAUUAAACUCAUUGAAAGACCUGGAGCAAACU